AUGUUUGCAAAACGCGACCUCCGCGCAGACAUGCUCCGCUUCACGGGAUCAACGCUCCCCAGAGCCGACGCCCCCGCCAAUCCUCCAUAGCCGAGCCUGGCCCUUCUCUCCUUCACGCCCCAUCCCUCCAUUCGGCGAUCACCGACGGCGCGCGGGGACAAGGAUUCCGCCCUGCCCGCCGGCCGCCUCCGCCCACCUCGGCGCGCCUCUCGGAUAGCGCGAAUCGGGUGGUCCGCCUCCUCGCUGCGGGACGUCCGCCCACCCCCGACACCCUGCGCUCGGCCCGCCUACUACUCCUGCCGGACGUGAGCCCUCCGCGACGCUGGCUCGUCUGCUGCCAUCCGGAUUGCGCCCACCGCCACGCCGACUCCGUCUCCUGCCAUUGGGUUCCGCCCCCACGACGCAAUCCUCUUUGCCCAAUCCGCGCCUCCGCGGUACCUGCUAUCCACUAUUUGGGCUUCUAGACUAGAUCUGCAAGGUUUGGAUGGACUGAGGUGAUUUUAGUUUGAGGAUGCUAAUCAGAGGGUAACCAUUGCGAUUGUUUAAGAGAUUGCACACGAUGGUGACCGUUGCAGUAUAGAAAAAUCGCUGCAUUCUGGAUUAUCAAAUGCUCGAAUUGUUGAUGAAUUCUUAUUUUAUUUUUUAUCAGCAUGGUGGCUGGGCUGCGUUAUAAUAGGUGAAGUACAAAUGGAAGUAUGGAACUAGUGUACGUUGCUGCGAAAAUUGGGAGGCAUUUGGCUUAGUUGUAUAAUCUAGGUUGUUUAGUGUGGCAUGCUAGCACAAUAAUGCAGUAAGUUUGUGUCAUGAGUAAAAUGUGUCAUUCAUGUGCAUCAAAAGAGACAACCAUGGAUGAGGUCAAUAUCGACCUAACCUGCAAUACAUCUUGCUCCAAGAUGUGUGAUCAUAGUGAGGGAUCAUCAAUUGUUACUGGUGAGACCAACUGGUUGCACAUGGACUCAAGCCCUUGCAGCACUCCUUAUGGCACCCCCAUGAUCAGCCGAGAAAAUUCUUUCUCAAGCUUUGCUAGUUGCUUUUCAAGCCUUGGUGACUCCCUAACGGACUCUGAUUUUGAAGAGGAGAUGGAGAUCCAAGAUACCGGUCAAAGUUAUCCUGAAUUCCUAUUAAAUGAUGAUCUUAUGGAGCAUGGAGAAGGGAGUUUAAUACGAGUGGAAGAAUGUCAACUCCACGAUAUUGCUAUUGUUGAUGAUGGUGCUACUGUUCCCAUUCCAGCAGAUCAAAAUAUUUCAUCUGGUCAUCCAGAGUUGGGAACAGUAGAAGACUCCACCAAGGGAAAAUUUGAUGACACUAAUAUUACUUCGUGUUUGAAUCUAUCUUCUGAGCAGCAUCAAGAUGUCCUAUCCAACAAUCAAUCUACAGAAACAAAAUUUGGUGUAUCAGUGGAAGAUUUCGAUCUUAAAAAUUCUGGUGUGAUAGAUGUUGAAGAGGUCACCAGUCUUCCUAUGCCAGGUGGUGAUAUUAUUCCAUUGAAUGAACAAGUUAUGGAUCAACUUGAUAGUAGCAUGGAAAAUACAAUAGUUUACAACAAUAUAUCAAAUACCGAACCUGACAUGAAACACGGUGAUAACUUUGAUAAUGAAAAUGAAUGCCUAUACCCACUUGUAUUGCCCAGUUUUGAUGCAGAUCCUCUCAUCUUGUCACCACCAGCACCAGAAAAUAUGGAAGAUGACUUUGAUACUGUUUCUAAUAACUCCGAUGAGAGUGAAAAUAACAGCUCUGGCUGGGCUAGGUCAAGUUUCAACAUCAACUUAGCAGAGAGAAGCAAGGAAAGCCAUGAAGACCAAUUGCAGAAAGUAAUGUCAGAAGUUAUGAAUGGGCAAUUCAAGAUCCUUGUAGGUCGUUUCUUGGCUGCUGAAGGGUUCUCUAUAUCUGGAGGUACCGAGAAGAAUUGGCUUGAUAUUGUUGCUUCAUUGUCAUGGGAUGCUGCACUACUUGUCAAGCCUGAUGCUAAUUCUGGAAAUGCAAUGGAUCCUGGUUUGUAUGUGAAGGUUAAAUGCAUACCUUCAGGAUCUUACCAGCAGAGUGAAGUGGUCAAUGGUCUUGUUUUUAAGAAGAGUGCUGCACAUAAACAGAUGCGUGCCAAUGUAAAGAAUCCAAAAUUGUUACUUCUUCAGGGUGCGCUUGGCCAUUUUUCAACAGGGCUAGCGUCAAUAAAUUCAAUGAAACAGGAAAACGAACAGCUGGAGAAAACACUAAGUGAAGUAAUAGGCAAAUGCCAGCCUGAUGUUAUAUUGGUGGAGAAAGUAGUUUCCCGUACUGUGAAUGAACAUGUUCAGAAACUAGGAGUUACAGUAGUUAGUGACAUGAAUAUGCGUCGGCUGGAAAGAAUUGCUUGUUGCACUGGCUCUCCAAUAGUAUCAUUGCAGAAUGUUCUUGCAAAACCCAGCACUAUUAAGCAGUGUGAGUCUCUCCGUUUUGAAAAGUUUGUUGAAGAGCAUAAUAUUACUGGAGAAGAUGGAAGGAAGUCAUGGAAAACGUUUUUGUUUCUAGAGGGCUUUCCAAGACCUCUGGGAUGCACAAUACUGCUGAAAGGCGCAGCAAGAGAAGAACUUAAGAAGAUUAAGCGUGUCCUUCAUUUCACUGUAUUUGCAGCUUACCAUUUGAUCCUUGAAACUUCAUUCUUUGCUGAUCAAAAAUUAUUUAUGACAGACAAACCUACCACAGGGAAAGAGAAGUGCCUUAAAGCUAAUGCACUCCUUCUUGGUCCCUGUUAUGAUAGUUCGGAAAACAGUGACACCAUGAAACAUCCAACUUGCGACGAUCAGUAUGCUAAUCAGAAAACACUCAUUCAUAGUGAAAAGCCUACACUGCUGAAUCUUCAUGAUAACAAAACUAUGACGUCUGUAGAUCCUGCUGGUGAAAAGCAUAUUGACAGGAAAGGCAUUCGGUCAUAUUCAUCAUUGCCUGUUUCAGUUCCCUCGACCAAUUUUAUGCAGGACACUCCAUCAUCAGAUUAUGCUGUGUCAAACGCAUGUCAUGGUUUUGAUGGCUCAUCAUUCAUGGAUACUUCCAAAGAGGUGCACAAGAAACAAUUAUCUGGCGAAAAAUUUCAAGAAACUUCUAAUGGAAUUUGUGCUGAGAGUGGAGCUUCUUUGAAUACUCAGGACAUCUUGAUUUCAAUGUCUAGCCAGCAUAUCAGGAACCAAGCUGUUUGCGAACAGAGCCACCUUUCCCGGAUAACUUAUUAUGGGUAUUUCGAUACAUCUCUAGGACGAUAUUUGCAAGAUACUUUACUUAAUGAGAAACACAGUUGCUUAUCGUGCGGUGAGUCUCCAGAAGCUCAUAUGUACUCUUAUACUCACCAUAAUGGCACUCUCACUGUUCUUGUGAAAAGACUUCCCUUGGAGUCAUCACUUUCUGGUGAGGCUCAAGGAAGAAUUUGGAUGUGGACUAGAUGCUUGAGAUGCAAUGCUAAGCCGACCAAUAGGGUUAUAAUAUCUUCCUCUGCACGUAAUCUAUCGUUUGGGAAGUUCUUGGAACUCAGCUUCUCAACUCAUUCUGCUGCCAAGAAGCUAUCAACAUGUGGGCACUUGCUGCAUAGAGACUGCCUACGUUUCUUUGGAUUUGGAUCCAGAGUCGCUAUGUUCAUAUACUCAUCUGUUGAAAUAUAUUCUGUUUGUAAACCUCCGUUGGCUUUGGAGUUCAAUAACAGAAACAAAAAGGAUUGGCUUGGUGUUGAAGUGAAUAAUGUUCAUCUUAAAUGGAAACAACUCUUCUCAGAAAUUGAAAAUGGAAUACAAGACUUAAGAUCAAGAUACACUACUCAAGCCAUGGGGGAAGGCACCAACAUUUCAGUAUAUGAGGUAAUACUUUUGGAGGUGACUAGGAUGCUUACACAGGAAAAAAAUGAAGUUGAGGUUUCUCUGAAGGCGUUUAACCAAGUUGCGAUACCUGAGAGUUUUGCUCAUGAGAUCCUUGGUUUGAACUGGCUGUACCAGCAACUUCUUCUUGGGUUCUAUAUUUGGGAUCUUCGAUUGCUUCAUAUUCUCCAGUACACUAAAGUUAAUACUAUAUCUUCAGACAAUUCUAUUCACGAACUGGCAGUAAAGAGUGAGAUGAAGAAUUCUGGAAGUAUUGCUAUCCAAGACACACCAUUAAUGAAGAACAUUGGAAUAGAAAGAAAUGAAGCAACUAUAAGUUCUUCUAGCAGCUUUGAUGAUCCAUGUAGCAAUAACAUUUUGGAUAAGGCUCAGCUUAUUGAUAAACUAAUAAUCAAAGAGCAUGAGUUGCCCGUUUAUCAAGAUCAUGAUGUCAGAUCAUCUCUUUCUUCUCCAAGCGAAGCUACUGAAAAUGGUUCACAUCAGUUUGAGGCAACUGUGGAGAUUGCUAAUGAGUUUUGUUCAGAGAAAUCACCAUAUAUGAAUCAUGAACAGCCUGCAGCAUCCAAAGUAAAUGAAAUAUAUCGUGUUGUCAUACCGAGUGAUGAUGCAGGAAAAUGGGUCUGGAAUCGAUUUAGUCACUUGGAACUGGAAUAUAAGAAAGAACUUCAAGGUGGUUCUUUGUAUAAAUUUCAGCUCAUCAACAAAUACACCCCAUGUACUUCAUCAUUGACACAAUUAAAACGGCAGAUGGACUUGGGGCAUUUUAUAGUUGGCCAUGGUGGUAAUAUCUUGUCGAUUGCCGAGGAAGAGGUUUCCAGCAUUAUUGCUGUUGCAUUAACUAUAUCUGAACAACAAGGGUUCUCUUCUGAAGCUGCAUCUAGCAACUUGGAUAGAAAUGCUUCUAUGUUAUCAUCCAUUCUUGCAUCAACAGUAUCACCUAAGGAAUCAACAUCUGGGUUUUAUGAUUCAUUUCUGUCAGCUUUAAAAGAUCUGCAUCCUGAAAUUGAUCUGAACAAUGAAAAAAUAGCUCUUAGAAGCAAAUAUACUGUUAUUUGUAUAUAUGCAAAGCAAUUCCAUGAUCUUCGGAAGAUAUGCUGUCCAUCAGAACUUGCAUAUAUUUCAUCGAUAAGCCGCUGCAAACAUUGGGAUGCACAGGGUGGAAAGAGUAAAGUUUUCUUUGCGAAAUCAAUGGAUGACAGAUUUAUCAUAAAACAAAUCAAGAAGACUGAGUUUGAUUCAUUCUUAAAGUUCGGUCUCGAUUACUUCAAACAUUUUGGUGUAUCUGAAGUCUCAAAUAACCCUACAUGUCUCGCAAAAAUUCUGGGAAUAUAUCAGGUUAAGGAAACAAGGAACGACAAGGAGACAAGGGCUAAUUUCAUGGUUAUGGAAAAUCUUUUGUUUGGGCAUAAUAUACUACGGAGAUAUGAUCUGAAGGGUGCUCUUUUCUCACGAUAUAUUUCUGAUUCAAAAAAUCCUGAAAUGGUGCUGUUGGAUCAGAAUUUUAUUGAAGAUAUGCGUACCAUGCCAAUCUACAUUGAGGGAAAAACCAAAAACCUCAUGGAACGUGCUAUUUGGAAUGACACAGCUUUUCUAAGUAACAUGAAUGUCAUGGAUUACUCCUUGUUUGUUGGAGUUGACAAACAGAAGAAAGAGCUUGUGUUUGGAAUUAUAGAUUAUUUGAGACAAUAUACUUGGGACAAACAGUUGGAAUCUUGGGUGAAGACAUCUCUUUUUGUUCCGAAGAAUCUAUCGCCAACUGUAAUUUCACCUAGGGAGUACAAAAUCAGAUUCAGAGCAUUUAUGUCACAAUACUUUCUAUCAGUUCCAGAUGCUUGAAUCUUGGGGCCUUGUCAUUUCCUGGCAUCGGUAGUUGCCUGAACUUGUCAUGAGUUAGGAUCAAUCCAUCUACUUCAUUUUUGUGGCAUGUGUAUAUCUAUCCUUGUCUAUUUUGCUUCUCAGCAGUUGUACAUCCUAGCAUUUAGGACACCAGGGAAGUGCAAAUUUUAAGCCAAUGAAUGGUGACACAUAAAUAACCUAGAUAGUGUUCUUUAUUGAUGAUAGUUAGGGUCGAGAUUGAGGAUAUAGGGGUAGACGAGCAUUUAAUGCACUGCAGUUGUGUUUAUUGGAAUAUAUAUUGCUGGAAUUGCAAGUCAUAUUCUCAUCUUUUGUGGAUUCAGCUUUCUGUAUUAUUUUAAUAAAAUGAGUGGUAAGGUUUGUGGGUUGAGCACUACCCUUGCCAUGACAGGCACAAAUACAGUGACACCAUUUGGUCAAUAUAUGUCUAUUGUAAUGUGUUCUAUCCUGGAACAUCAUGAAUUGUAAAUGUGUGUGGGGUGGGUGGGGGGAGUCUUGCAUCUUAGGCAAGAAAGGUGAAGAAACCAUUUUUUUAGGGAAUUAAUUGUGAUUACAGACUGGUGUGCAUGUAAAGAUGAACUAUGCAUAAACUGGUUGUUGCGUUGCUACUUGAAAGUAGGCCUGUGCAUGGGUGGGUUAAGAUGGAUCUAGUUGAAAGAUUUGAACUGAGUUCUUAUACUCUAGUUCUGUUUUGCGGUCCUGUUCUGUCUGGUUUAUACAAAAAUAUUAUGGUAGAUUGGGCAUGCUUUCUCUUCACGGAUUAUUGAAGAGCAAAUUUGUUCAAAUUUUCCUUUUCUGUAUGUGCCAUAUGAAGCAGUUGGCAACUUGGCAUGUACGGUGAAGUUUCAAGCCAUCAAGUCUCUUGAAGUCUUCAAUAACAUCCAGGUAGCUUCCAACUUCCAAGCAUCCUGAAUUAUGCUUCUUGGCCCUUCGACUACGGUGAUGUUGUUAUGUCAACUAUCUGCAAGAAUCUUAGGGGUUCUAUUAUGGUAUAUACUCUUCAAGAAAGGGGAAAAAACAUAAGAAAACACAGAAGAAAUGAACAGAAGACCCCAUCCUGUGUUUUGCUUACAAAAAAGACCCACCUGGCAGAGCAAACGGGCGCGCCACGCAAGAUGCACAUAAUGGUCAACACCAGAGCCCACUUGUCAGCUUGCAAGAGGAAGGAGCACCUAGGGGAGGUCCACCAGGGGUCGGCCGAACCCCUAGUUCGGACGAACCUGGACGGCCUCCCGUACAGGUGCACUUUGGGGUGGAGUGGCGCCUACUCAACCUCAUCCCAAGGAGAUAAGGUUUCCAUACAAUGGAUCACGUGGAGUAGCCCCUACUCUACCUCCACCACUAUAUAAUGGGACCUCGUCUCUCCCUCUCAUACACACACACACACACCAUUUUCUCAUGUGAAGGAGAAGAGUAGAGAGACUCCUCCACUUGUAAUUCUAGUUUAGGGAGUGUGUGAGGAAAGAGUAUGGAUAAGGGUCGGAUCUGUCGGCUUCUCUUUUCGGCUUUGUACCUCGACGGAUACGGUACGUUUGGAGUGCACAUUCGGGUUCCUCUAUUGGUGAGUUCAGUUAAGUUAUUCUUUCAUUUUUUAUUCGUUUGCGGGAUCAUCAUCCAUUCUAGUAGCGGAUACUCUAGACGAGGGCUCCUGAUAAAGACAGAAUAACCCUGCACAACUCUAGAGAAGUAGUAGACGGCAUGUCUGCUAACACCUUCACAGCGAUGAGUUUACAACGGAUUUUAUGUCAAGCCUUGGAGAUGUUGGGUUAUCAUUGGUUGAGUUUGGGACACUACUCACUAGGAAGGGCCUGUACUUGUUUCGAUCUACCCCAGGCCCGCCUCUUGCCAUGGAACCAAUGUUCAUCAUCUACGGCAAAGUACUUUCUCGUAGAUGUGAAGCAAAUGGCAGCGCACUUAUCUGCUAUUUAAUUUUUUAUUGACAAAAACUUGAGGUACAAGAUUGGUGAUGUUAACUAUGUUUAGUACCUCGUGCAGGCAAAUAAUAUUGGUUAGAUGAUGUAAUGUAGGCAUGCAAUGUGACAUUUGCAUCCUGGAUAUCUUGGAACAAUUAUAUUGUAAUAUGUAUCUACUUAAUUGA